GCUCCACGCGGCCUCAUCCAGUCAGAGCGUGUCCUUCCUGCGACUGAGUGUUCCCUGGGUUCUGGUAUCUGGAGCGGUGGUACAGGGGUUCGUCAGCAGGCUGCAGGUCAGAGGAGGACAGAGGUUUGGCUCCGUCAUCCCAUCCUUCUACCUGUCUGUCUGGGCCACCUGGACAUGGUAUCGCUUCGCAGGCCCCUUGCUGCAGAUCUCUCCAGUAGGAUCCUAUGGGUUUACAGCUGGAGCCAUCGCUUUCCUGGUCAUCAACGCUUUCCUCAUGCUCAUCGCUGCGUAUGGUAACCUGGUCCUCUUGUCUCUGACCGUGGUCAUGGAGGCGGUUCUGGUGUGUUUCCUCCUGUCCACUCUGCAACAGCUCCCCUACCAGCUGGAGAUUGCCAUGCUAGCUGUGUUCUCUGUCAUCUGUCUAUAUGGAACCCUGGCAUCACUGGUCAACUGUACCUUCCGUCAGAGUGUGAUGCCCAUGGGGCCUCCACUGGUUAAGGAUGUGAAUCAGCAGCAGAAGUCCUCCCCUGCUCUGCCUUGUCCCAUAGCAGACUCCAGACUGACCAGCGGUCUUCUGAAGAUCUCCAGACUGCUGGACGACGGGGGGGUCUGUGGAAUCCCCACCGAUACAGUCUACGCCCUGGCCGCAUCCUGCAAGAACCCUCAGGCCAUCGAGAACAUCUACAACAUUAAGGACCGUCCAGCAGAGAAGCCCAUCUGUAUCUGUAUCUCCAGUGUGGAACAGCUGGUGGCAGCCAAGCCCCCAUUCAGCUCUCUACUCUGGGAAUUCAUGAGGAACGUCUACCCUGGAGGGAUCAGCUGCAUCGUCAGCAAGGGAGACUGGCUACUCACACUGGGUGUGGGUCCGGCCUACGACCGCGUGGGGACCAAUGAUAGCAUCAUGAUCCGAGUCCCUGACCACACCGUCACAGGACACCUGUGUGACAUCACCGGACCACUUGCCAUCACCUCAGCCAAUCCCAGUGGAGAACCCGACAGCACGCACCACGACAUGGUCAUCAGUCGGCUGGGCCAUAAGAUCCAGGGGGUUCUGUGUGACGGGGAUUCCAACGAGAUCGUAGCCUCAACGGUGGUGAACUGCCUCAAGAUAGAUGAAGGCACGAUUAGUAUCGUGAGGGAAGGCUGCGUCCCGGCGGUGAAGGUCCGACAGAUCUUUGAGAGGGUGAAGACCAGUAUGUUGUGAGGAGGACCUUUCCCUCCGUCCCUCUAUCCUCUCUUCCAUCCAGCUCCCCUCCCCCAUUCUCUCCCUCCAUCCUCUGUUGACCAAUGAAGACACUCAGAUCAGAUUCUGGACCCACCCACCUCAGGCCACCAUCCAAUGUGUCUCUCAAACAUGUUGAGGAACAUUUGUUCCAUAUUUAUUCUGUAUGUUGUCGAUGUAAUCAUAUAUAAAUAUGUGCAUUUUAGAUUCGAUUUUCGGAUUAUAAGUAUGUUUUGUUUUGUUCUGUAUGAUUUGAUUAUGUAAAAUGAAGUUUAACAGAAAUUAUACUCUUAUGAUGUACAACUCUAAAUGAGGGAUUAAUGAAGGAUGAUCAAAUCAAAUCAAAUCAAAUGUAUUUAUAUAGCCCUUCGUACAUCAGCUGAUAUCUCAAAGUGCUGUACAGAAACCCAGCCUAAAACCCCAAACAGCAAACAAUGCAGGUGUAA